UCGCUGUGCGCCUCCCUUUGUUCACAUUACACCGAUUUGAAAAGGUUUCCCUGGCUCGCGCUCAGUUCAGCGAGGUCCCUUAGGAACUGUCCUCAUUUCUCAGAAGAGGCCCCUGGGGCUCAGCUCUGUGGUUCCGUGAGACCCGGGAUUCGGAGCAGCCUUUCCCUGGGCCGGGCGGGCGGGGGACACUUCCUGCGGGGCCGAGCGACGCGCCAGCAGCUUGCAAACGUAGGGGCGGAGUGCAAGCCUCGCUACCGGUGUCCCCACUUCGCGAGGCCGGUUGCUGGCGGCACCGCGAUGGACCUGGCCGGACUCCUACUGGACGAAGAAGGCACCUUUUUCCUCACCGGCUUCCAAGACUUCACGUUCCUCCCAGGACACCAGAAGCUGAGUGCCCGGAUCCGAAGGCGACUGUACUAUGGCUGGGAUUGGGAGGCCGACUGCAGCCUGGAGGAGCUCUCCAGCCCUGUGGCAGACAUUGCUGUGGAACUGCUCCAGAAGGCAGCCCCCAGCCCUAUUCGCCGGCUCCAGAAGAAAUAUGUGGCUCAUGUGUCCCGAGAGGCAUGCAUCUCCCCCUGUGCCAUGAUGCUAGCUCUGGUGUACAUAGAGCGGCUCCGACACCGAAACCCAGAUUACCUGCAGCACGUGUCGUCUUCUGACUUGUUCUUGAUCUCCAUGAUGGUGGCCAGCAAGUACCUCUAUGAUGAAGGGGAGGAUGAGGAGGUCUUCAAUGAUGAAUGGGGAGCUGCUGGGGGUGUGGCUGUGCCUACUCUCAAUGCCUUGGAGAGGAGCUUCCUGAGUGCCAUGGAUUGGCGUCUCUACACUGACCCUGGGGAGAUCUUUGAGGUGCUGAGCUGGCUGGAGAGCUGUGUGGCUGAGCAGCAGGGACAGCGGCGGGGCUGGUACACAUAUACAGACCUGUGUGUGCUGCUGGAGCAGCCGACUUGGCAGCUGGCCUUGGGCUCCCUCUGCCAGCGACUGGUAAAGCUGUCCUGCCUGUUAACCAUGGCAUACGUGAGCAGCAUAGCCCUGGCUGUGGCAUCAGUGGCUGUAAUACACCAGUCCUUAGGGCUGUCCUGCAGCCCCUCACCUGGCCCUCCCAACCUUGGCCUGGCCUCAAAGGGCCUUUUGGAGCCCUGCAUUCCUUCUCCAGUGCCACAGUGCUUGCCGACUUCUAACAUCUCCAGCUGCGUGGAAGGUGACAUAGGGCUGCGUUCACUUUGGGACAGUCUUCUGGCCUCAUUGGCUUCCCCAUCAUUGCCUCCCUCAGAGCCGCCUUCCCUGCCCACUCUUCCUCAUAACUGCCCCCUGUGUCAGAAGCUCCAGAGAGACCCCCCAACCCGCCAUGCCUGCCGCCAUCCCAACUAUACAGUCCCCACCGGGCCUCCCAGUCCCUGGUACCACACCCAUGGUCUGGCUCCACCUUGGUCCUGGAGCCCAAUGGCCCCUCCGCUUCCCCAGCCCCAGCAGUGUUCUCUUUUCAGUGUGAUGGAGCUGGCCCGCCUCAAGUCUUUCAUUUUCCCAGGCUAGGUAGGACUUCAAGUAUAUAGUCAGAGGAUUUGGGAGUCUCUGAGAACCUGGAAGAAGAAAGCUUGAUUUAGAUCCUUGCUAUCUCUCUGGGUUCUUGGCUAAUCCCCUGUCCUCCUGCGUAAGCGCUUAAGGGGUUGAAGGUCAUUCACUCUCGUAGACCUCAGUGGCUGGCUGCUUGGCCAGGGGAGCGAUGGUGCCAGGGAAGCAAUGGUGCCAGGGAAAGCUUCAUCUGAGUGAAAGGAGCAGGUCACAGAUGACAAGAGAAGCCCCAUCUCUGUUUCCACGGGGUUCUUGUAGACUUUUGCUUUUGAGUUUCCUAGGAUGGAAGGGUAAAGGUGGAAGAUGGGAAAGGGGGACAGGGAGGAAGGAAAUACGUAUUGAAACAGGCCUGUGUGAUAUGAUGUCCCUGAGGUGAGAACCCGGGACUGACGGCUGAGAGAAUGCUGGGUGACGGGGGAAAGGUUUUCUAUGCCUGUCGCUUGGCUGUAGUCUAAUGGAGCCAAGGACUGACUGCUGGGGCCUUCGACCUUGACCUUUUGUCUUCCAGCCUUCUGAGUAUCCUGCUCCAAGGCUUCCCUCUCUUCUGGUUCCUCUUUGGGUGUUCUUUUCACAGGCCUUUCUGGUCACCGCUUUGUAUCUGACUGAGUUUUUCAUGCUUUUGUAGAACUAAGAUUUCAAUAAACAAUUUCAGUUGCAUGGCCUCGACUUUUCCUUCUUGCGGCAGCCCUUGAAGAUCUUUUCUCAUGUCUGCUUUCCAAACCUCCCUACUUUCUCAUCCUGUAAGCGUUUCUCAUCUUGUGUUUUCUCUUAAGCCCAUUUUAGAACUUCCCUGUCGUUUGAUAGUCAUAGGCUCCUGUUUCAAACUUCCCCUUGGCCCUAUUCCCAGCACCCUGGGGCCCUGGCACUGCUUGGGUUGCCACAGAACAUAAAUAGUGACUGCCCCAUGACUGGGGUUGGCCCUAUCUGUCUCAUUUUUGGAGUGAGCAUUUUCUGUGGGGCCAAGCCAUGUAUCCAGAAGAGCACUCUGAAACUCCUUGAGCAAAAGCCAUGAGGAUACGUCUCUACUGACCCCUUCACCACGCUGACUCAAGGCCCUGGUCGCAUUGUUGAAAGAACGCAUGGGCGGGGUGGAAUCCUGACUGGAAGAAUGGACUAUGCUGAGGGCGUUUGGACCCUGGAGAUCAUCCACCGCAGUGGUGCUUCCGCCCCCUAGAGGGCAUUUUGGAGAUGUCCAGGCUGUUUUUCCAUUGUUGCGAGGAUUUGGAAGGGACGUUGGCAUUUAUUCAGCAUGAGCAGGAUGCUACUCAUCCUAAAAUACUCAAGACUUCCCUUACUGUGAAGAAUUUUCAGGACAAAUCUUGAAUGACUAGCUGGUCAUGUAUGUGAAAAUCCUGUUUGUCUGAGCCUGGAAUGAUCUUUUUACAUGUAAGCAUGAAACCAUUUUGCACAUUUUGAAAAAGGCUGUGUUGUAGGAAUGCACUUCCAUGUAAAUUACAACUGUACUUUGUUUUGUUCAGCACUUUACGGGGAAUUUGUUUGCUGUUUUGAAUACAUUGGGUUGCCAAUGCCAUUACUGCUUGUUGCCAAUAAAGUGCUA